AUGAGAUACGUAGCAGCUUAUAUGCUGGCUUCUCUGGGUUCUAAACGUCAAGUAACAGCAAAUGAUAUUCAAGAUAUUCUUUUAUGUGUAGGCAUUGAGUGUGUACGAGAAAAGGCGGAGGAAGUAAUCAAAAAAAUGCAGGGAAAAACAGUAGAUGAAUUGAUUGUUGAAGGAUCUAAUCAUCUUUCCUCAGUAUCAACCACGCCAUCUACUGUUGCUGCUGGAGCUGUUGCUACUUCUGUUGGUCAAAAAGAUGGCCCUGCCGCACCCGCACCUGCACUCGUGGAGAAAAAAGAGGAAAAGAAAGAGGAAGAAUCUGAUGAAGAUAUGGGUUUUGGGCUUUUUGAUUGA